AUGGACAUGUCGUAUUUGCUGUCGCUAGGCAUUCUGGGUCACAGAUCUUUGCUUUGGUAUGCUGGGCAAGGAACUCGGGCCGCGGCGAUACACCCGAUACACCCGCACAUGGAGCAAGGAGACAAUCGGAAGACUUCUGCAGAUAGCGUCGUCCCUAUCCAGCAGAGCCAGCUGAAGGAAUGGGAAGACUUGCAGAUGAAUUUACGCUCCCAAUUGCAGGAACAUGAUGAUGUUGGCUGGGCCAUUGAUGGUCUGAGCAAGAUCGGUGGUCUUGAUAUCGGCUUCGAGGAUGGAACCAAUCGGGCAACCGCUGUCUUAGUCGUUUGUGAGUUUCAGGGCCGUCAGCUCAAGCUAGUCUACGAAGAUUCCGUGGAUGUGGACAUGGCUUUGCCCUACACCUCUGGCUUUCUGUUUGUCCGGGAAAUUCCAGCAUACGAAAUGCUGCUGCAGCGCUUGCGUGGCAGUGCGCCUCACUUGGAACCUGACGCUUAUUUGGUUGACGGAUCUGGCCUCUUUCAUCCUCGGCAGUGCGGUUCAGCUUCUCACCUUGGCAUCGUCCACAACUUGCGCACAAUUGGAGUUGCAAAGAAGCUUCUUUGCUUCGAGGACUUUGACAGCGAGCAGGGGCAGAGAGUGGAAGAGCAGGUCUUGCCAAACUUGGGAGACAGCGUCCCGCUGGUAGGUAGAAGCGGUUUCACCUAUGGGUUCGCUGUCCGUACAUCAGCUGCCAGAGCGAAGGGGCCUCAAGACAGCAUGCGCCGCUUGUACGUCUCUGUCGGCCAUCGGUUUUCGCACACAACUGCUAGGAAUGUGGUGUUGAAAUGCUGCAACAUGGACGGUGGCUCAUACAUUCCGGAGCCCAUCCGAUUGGCAGACUUGACUGGAAGGGCCAUUGAAAGAGCUUGGAAGCAAAUCCAUACAACGUCACGGCCCAAAACAAGACAGGUGAUCAUGGAUGUAUCAAACCUUUUAGACGACAAGCAGCGAAAAACCCUUCUGGGCAUUCUGGACGAGGUCGGUGCUGAGUCCUGCGCCUUGCUGUCUAGCAUCUCGCCCGAGAGCAUCAAAAGGAAGCAGGCAACGAAAGACGAGCUGUUUUUGCCCUUCCAAGAAAUGCACCCAGAUGUUACGGUGCUGGAGCUACGAGCAGCGCUUCGCAUGGAGAAGCCUUGGGCUGUGGAUCUUCGUAAAGCUUCGCUUUGCCACCAGCAAGCCGGAAGAGCAAUGCGGGGGCUUUGA